AUGCUAUACCGCUCCUCUAUCAUCGCUGCCGGCCUCAUGGCAUCCCUUGGCUCUGCGAUAGAGCCGGUGCACUGCGAUGGCGACACCGCUCCCGACUGGGACGCUUGCGAGACGAUGUUCAACUGGCUUCAAGGUCACUCGACCACAUACAUCACUAAUCUCUAUCCUCUUUGCAGCAUUAUCCCCGUUGACAACGGAGCCGACCCGGAUAACCUCAACUGUCGGGUCUCAGUGUGUCCUGACAGCGACUCUACUUUGAUGCUCGGCGCCGAUGCCAGGAAUGCCUACAACACCAUUCGUGUUGACUGUGCCGAUACAGCCGGAGGUGAUUGGCGCAUCGUAGACGACUGGUACAUGCGUACGUAUGCUCGGGAGAAGGCUUUCACUGUCCCCGAAGCCUUUGCCAAAUUUUCUGCCCCUCAAAAGCGUCUCCUCUUGCCUUGCGAUGCCUGUAGACAUGCUAAUUUUGACCUUCCAAUUUCCGCAGAAAUCAGCAACAAUCCGGACUACGAGAUAUCGAAGAAGACAUCGACUAAUGCCACGAUCCCUGAUGAGCGCGACCACGCGCGGUCUUUCCCAAAACGCCAGGAUGACGGGGAUGAUGACUUCACUCUCGUGGUCAAAAAGGACAGCGCUGAACGUGGUGGAAUUGCAGUCACCGGUCGUCUGCCGGCGGGCAGUAAGUAUACGGUGACCCAUGAAGAUUCGCAUACGACUGGCAUCACCACCUCCGCUUCAGCAGAAGCCGGCUUUUUCGACAUCUUCUCCGUCUCAGUCAGCCUCGAAGUAAGCCAGGAGUUCACAACUACCAACUCGUACGGUGUUGACGUCAACGUCGACUGCGAAUCCGGCCAAUAUGGAGAAGUAUACUGGUAUCCAUUAUACACAAUAUACAGCGGCUUUUACACUCCCUCAAGGACCAACGCCGAUUGGUACAUUCCGGAAGAUUCCCGAAAGAGCGGUUCCAACUACCGAGUGAGAUGUUUGGAGUAG